CUCCAAACAAGCAAUAAUUAGCUUUUAUUAAGUUUAUAUCAAGCUCAUUAUCAGAAAGACCGAUUUGAUCAUGACUGCUCAUGCAUCAUCGAAUAGGGUUUCUUCCAAACGCCCUCGUCGUCGACGUCCGACCGUCUUCACAGAUUUACAGCUGAGGAUUCUGGAGACCGUGUUCAACGACAACCAGUAUCCUAAAAUCACGACUAGAGAACAACUGGCUUCAAGUCUACAGCUUAAAGAAGACAGAAUUAUGGUAAAUAUCAUUAUCAUUACUGAUAAUACAAAGAAAACUAACUUCGUCUGGUUUCAGAACCGUCGUGCACGUGUCCGUCGAGCCUCUCUUGUUUUAUGCUCUGCUCACCAACCAGUCAUUAAGAAAGACGUCUACAACCCUCGCCUUCAACCAUCUAAUGAAGUCGACUUGUCUGCCGUAAGCCGUAAACGGAAGACACCAUGCGACGCCGAUGAGGUCAACCAGACGACACCACCUACAAAGAAGUUGGGCGUCGUGUCAUCCAAGUUCUCCGUCGACUUUCUCGCUAAAAGCAGUCGAUCGACGUCAGAGUCAACGACCGUUUCAUCGGACCCACAUCUUCAAUUUCAUGGCGUCACUCAGCUCCACUGCACGACAUCACGUGACUCAACGAAAGGCGCCACCAGUCCACUGAUGUCAGUAGACUUUCUCUCUCGUAGCAGUCGCUCUCCUUCUCCCUCUAGCGCUGAGUAUCUUCACCGAACACCGUCUUCUUUCUACACACCGAUGGGUUAUCAUCCGUAUGUCUUCUGCAUCAACUUCUAGGCACUGACUGAAUGAACUCACGAACUCUCAAACCAGAAAAAACCUUUUAAUUGCUGUUAUGAUUCUUGCCAAGUGCAGUAAUAUUGACCAUGUUAUUACUAAUGCAUAAAUUGUCCCUAAUGUAAUAUUUUGCCGCACUACUGACAUGAAUAGCAUUGGUCGAAUAAAAUGUUUAAAUUCAACUGUAAAA